GUACUCGUAGUAGGUGGAGUGAAGGGAGAGGAUAUAUGAAGACGAGAAGAAAAUUAAUAGAGAAAAGGGAGCUGAAAAAUAGACGUCUCGGUUGGAAGAAAGAGAAAAUGAAGAAUCCUUUAUAUGAUGGCAAAGUUAAUUUGUUUUUUUACGUAGUCGUAGCCAUGUUUUCUAUCGUCCUUCCUCUUGCAACUUCCUCUGUUUGGUCAUAUAACACCAACAGGAAGAGUCCUAAAGGACUGAAGAUGGAUGAAGCCUUGCUGACUGUACACAAUGAACUUCUUGAUGAAAAUCUGACGGUUUCUUGGCUGUGUGAUCAUUGCUAUCAUUGCCUUUUUCUAAAAUUGGGGCAUAUUGAUUCGGGACAGUUUCCUGGUCAACCAGCUUCUGCAGUCUUCACUAUCAGUACUACAUACUCUGUAACUUUGCAAGUGAACAGCACCAAGAGCCAUAUUGAGUUAUGCAGGGUUUAUUUUAACUUUGGAGAGUUUGGUGCUUAUUCAUUAUGGAUUAAGAAUAUGAAUCCGGAGAAUGUGUCUUGUUAUAUAAUCACCGACAGAGAGCCUCAGAACAGUUUCUUGCCCAUCCUAAUUGCUUUUUUUGUUUAUACUGGAUUUGCUGCCUUCUUUGCAUUGGGUAGAUAUGUAAUGAGAUUGGAUGCUGUCAAAAGUCUAAUAAGCAGAGUGUGCAGGAUUUUUAGCACAAUGGAGACUGAUCGACUGAUAAAUUCCGAGCUUGGAUCCCCGAAUCAGCCAUCUGAGCUCACUGGCCGUGGCUUGGCUUCUUUACCUGUUCCUAGGAGCUGUGUGAGACUCCGAUCUUUGGACACAUUUCGUGGGCUUUCCCUUAUCAUAAUGGUGUUUGUUAAUUAUGGUGGAGGAAAAUACUGGUUUUUUAAACAUGAAAGUUGGAAUGGGAUUACAGUGGCUGAUCUUGUAUUUCCUUGGUUUGUGUUUAUUAUGGGAACAUCUACAGCCCUCUCUAUUAACUCUCUUUUACGUAGAGGCUUAUCACGAUUGAUGCUUUUCAAAAAAGUGUUGUGGAGAAGCUUGCAGCUGUUCCUGAUUGGUGUUUUUGUAAUCAAUCCAAAUUAUUGUUUGGGACCUUUAUCAUGGGGCACACUACGCAUUCCUGGAGUACUGCAGAGAAUAGCAUUUUCUUAUUUGGUGGUUGCUGUUUUGGAGAUGGUGUUUGCACAACGCAAGACAGAAAGCAUUUCCAUGGAUGUGAAUUUUGCAUCAUUACAAGAGUUUGUUUUCUGUUGGCCUUCCUGGAUAUGCAUUAUUAUAGUUGAAACGAUAUGGCUAUGUCUGACUUUCUUGCUGCCUGUUCCUGGGUGUCCUUUAGGUUAUCUUGGCCCUGGAGGAAUAGGGGAUUUUGGGCAUUACCCCAACUGUACUGGAGGAGCAGCUGGAUAUAUUGACCGUUGGUUUCUAGGAGAAAAUCAUAUUUAUCAGAACCCCAGUUCUCAUAUUUUGUAUCAGUCCACUGUACCCUAUGAUCCAGAAGGAAUACUGGGUUCCCUUAAUUCAGUUGUGAUGACUUUCCUUGGUCUACAGGCAGGAAAGAUUCUGAUAUAUUAUAAAGACCUUCACAUGCAAAUAAUGGCAAAAUUUCUCAUGUGGGGUUUGUUCCUCGGAAUUUUAUCAGCAAUUUUAACACAGUGUUCAAAAGACAAGGGUUUCAUACCUGUCAACAAAAAUCUAUGGUCUCUCUCCUACAUUACUACUCUGAGCUGUUUUGCCUUUGUGGCUUUAAUGAUAAUUUACUAUCUGGUCGAUGUGAGGGGAUGUUGGUCUGGAAUUCCAUUUUUUUAUACAGGUAUGAAUUCCAUUCUGGUGUAUGUUGGACAUGAGGUACUUCAUAACUAUUUUCCCUUCCAAUGGAGAAUGUCAGAUGGCCAGUCUCAUGCAGAGCACCUUACACAGAACCUGCUAGCAACUACAAUCUGGGUUUUUAUUUCAUAUUUGUUAUACAGAAAGAACAUAUUUUGGAAGAUCUAGAAUCCUGGCACCUGCAAUGGAGAUACUGAAAUGUCAUUUUGGAAUUUUAGAAGUUUAUCAACAGGAGAAGGCGCUUUUAGGCCUCAUUGAAUUGUACACAUUGUGUGACAACAACUGUUAUAAACAAAAGUUUAAUUUUUAAUCAAUUUCUUACUCCCUUGUCUUUUUCUAAAUAAUAUAUUCAUUUAUACAGUACCCUUAUUUUGUACUUGUUAAUAGCAUGACAAAACCUGUAGUUGAGUGUUUUACAAAGGAUAGAUUUUGUACGUACUUUUAAUAUGUAAAAACCAUACAAACAAUAAGCAAAAUGAUAAAUUUAAAAUUGCUGAGAGUGUAAUAUGUGUACCAUGUAUACAACAGGAUGUAUAAGUGAGCACAGUGAAAUAGACAAGGUUUUAAAGGGAAGUGACUUAUGAAAAUGUUAAACAUAAACAUUCAAAAAAUGUAAUUUUGUUAAAAUAAAGUGAAUGUCUUUAAUCUUUUGAACAAAACUGUCUUGACUAUAAAUAAAAAGAACUUUCAAAUCACAAGUACAUGUUACAAUUAAAUAAAUAAAAUUGUAAUUUAUACAAGACACAGGUUCUGAAGAGUUAAAACUAAACCAGAAAAAAGUAUCAACUGUAGAAAAAACAGAACUUUACAUGGCACACAAUGCAGUGGGGUGACAUCAGCCAUCGUCGACUGCCAGCUAGUACAACGUUUUCUAAGUAUUCCAGAAAUGUGCGCAUAGUGUAGAUCUCUGUGAACUUAAGACGUCUCACAUUAGUUACCUUCUUGGUUGGUCAAGUUGUUUGAGAAACCCAUAAUGGCAUCAGCAUUUCUUAAUGAAAUUGUGACAAUUGUUUGGGCGACAGGACUUAGACUGAUAAAAUUCAUAAUAAGACAACAUUUGUGACAAAGCCCAGCCAGGGGGACAAAAAAUCCACACCAACAGUAACAGUUCAUGGCGUUAGGCCUCUGUGGUACCGUAUGCACUUUGUGUGCUGGGAGACCUAGAGAGGUAGUUAAUAGGCGGAGGUGCCAGCACAUGACAGAAAUUUGGCGUUAGUGGAUGCUGGGUAGGCCAAACGUGAGCCUGGGACGAGAUUCUAAGCAGCCUCCAGGAUAGUUGGGACAAAUACUCAGAUGGCAGGAGAAAGACAGGAUAAGGAAGUGUAGGUGGUGAUUCUAGUAACGCGGACAGCCAUGACAGAUUUAUUACUAGAUAGAACAGAUUUCACUAGUGGUAUGGUCAGACUCUGGGUCAGGUGGAGUGUAUCACUCAAGACCACACUAUCUAGUGUGGUGCAAGUGCUGUCUCACUGAAUGGCAGAACCAGAACAGUCCCAAAUUUACCCAAUCCACAGCCAAUCUUGUGUUGGCCAUGUGCUUCUCCUUGUUUUGUUCAGCUGGCUAUCUCAUUGGCCAUUAAAGGCAGCAUGCCAUUAACUAACAUCUUGCUCUCUUUCAUGUAGCCACAUGCCAAUACACAUUCCUCUUGAUUUAAAGAGACAGUACAGGCAAAAAAAAAUGAAUCCUCAUGUAAACAUAUUAAAAAAUUAUUGCAAUUAUUAAGCUACAUGAGAUCGAAAUGAGAGUUAUUGUCGUUCUUUGCUGUGAGCAUAUGAAAAGUUCCUGAAGUCUGUCCCUAUGUGGAAAGUAAUGACAGCAAGAGGUACACUUUAGUACAAUCGUAUCUGAAGCACAAUCGUCUCUCUGUAACUCAUUCCCCGAUUAAGUGGAUAAUACGAAAUAGUUGUCAUUAAUUAUGCGCCCAGCUUUUACUAAUAACUGAAUUAUUAUGGCAUAUAAAAUACCUAAUCAGAGGCCAAAGAAUGUCUCAUUGCAGCGCAAACUUAAUAGUAAGCGCUGUAUAUGAUACAUAUUGUGAGCAAACUCCUAUUAUAUCUGAGAACCUUGCAAAGAUGCCUCCACAACAUUCUGCAAGAAUAAAGUAGGGAAGACACUGGCAGCAUCUUUCAAUGUGCACUUUCUGAACCACUGGCUGAGCAAUUUCUUAAUUAGGAACACUACGUCUGUCUUUUUACUGAAGAUUAAUAGUUAAAUGGAUGCUGAUCUGUAUUUUUCUAUUUCUUUAUUAAGCAAUAUAUUUCCAUGCAUUACUUAA